AAUUGAUAGCCCAACGAAGUGGCCCAACAUCAUUUGGACAUUUCAUAGCAGCAACUUGAUCAGAAAAGUCGCCUCAGAGCGGCAGGCAAGUUGAUUGCGUCACAUCGAUCGCUUCUGUGCGUGCGGCUGUUCACAGCGCGGGUGACGUCAUCCGUCACUUCUGGAGCUGCGAAGUUACUUAGUUUAUGACGUCAUCGAUAGUUUGUAUUAUAAAAACUUACGCGCGUGACGUCAUCAACAGCUUCUGUCUGACAGCGGCAGAAGUCGCUGCGCGCGUGACGUCACCAUCGCUCACGUGUUUCCGCCAAGCAGCAAACAGAAGCCCCUGCUGCUGAGCACGCGUUUCCCGCACUGCAAUCGAUUCUCGUACAGCAAUCGUGGGUUAAGAUAAUCGAUUAUUAGUCGCCGAGAUAAUCGAUUGUUAGUCGGUGAGAUAAUCGAUUGUUAGUCGGUGAGUAAAUAGUUUACCAAGAGGCAACGGUGCGUGUCGCUACGGCUGAUAAACAAACCGGUGAGACGAAGAAUCGAUUAGUUUAAUAACACAAUCUAGAAUCGGAAUCGUUACAUCUCUCACUCCGCUAUGCCAGAUUAGAGGGUUUUUUUCUCUCUCUUCCCCUCCAGGUCGCCUCGGCGUUGUCGCUGAUUGCCCGCGAGGACUCCGCGCGCUCGUUUCGAACGGGAAGGGCCGCGAAGAAAAACCUCCCCAGCUUCAGUCGCCAAGCAUCUUCCUUUCGUGCACAGCGCGAAGGGGAGGGUCCGGCAAUGGCCUCCCCCUCGUCGUCGUCCCCGGCCGCGAGCCCCAGCGGCAGGAAGGUGCGGGACGUGGCCGCCGACUGGCACAACGCCGUCGCCAAGUGGGACCGCCUGGUCGUCGAGUCGGGCUUGGCCCUCGCCUCCAGGGUGGCCAACUCCCGCCUCGCGUCGCCGAAGGAGGGCAAUUCUGCGCCGACUGCGGAAGCAUCGGCCGCGGAAUCAGCACGAUACCAGGAACUGGAGAGAGACUGCAACCAACUCGUGGAGGUGUGGGAGAAGUUGAGGGGACUGCUGCAAACGAUGGAGAAGCUGACGUCGACGCUGCAGGCCGUGUGCGACCUGGAGUGGUACCAGAACAAGCAAGCGUGGAGGCCAACUCCGCUCUUCCGUUCCUGGCCGACAACAACCUUCCACGAGGUGUCGGCCCAGCUGCAGGCGCAGUACAGCGAGGAGCUGCGGCUGAGGCGCGUGCUGGUGGCGGAGAUGGCGCAUGCCCCGUCGCCCAGCCUCUCCAUGGUCUACCUGUCGGCGUGGCUGCACCAGCCGUACGUCACCGACGCCGCAAAGCUCGCGCUGGAGGCCAUGCUGACGGAGACGGGGCACCGGGACAUUCUGUGAGGGCCUUGCUCCGUCCCCGCCACGGCCAAUCCCACUCGGAUCUGUGACUCGCUUGGGAUCUACGGAUUUAAUGCGCCCCACAAAUGUUAGUUGCUAUUGCAAAGGCGACUGCGUAGGUUGUUUUUGCAGCACUGCCCGAAGCGUUUGCAGGCUGUGCCGCCUGACCUUCGGAUUGAAGUCCGACGUUUCGCUGCACGUGCCGGGAGCUUCUUCAGGAAGUGAAGUUUCACUCCACGUGUGGGGAGCUUUUUCAUGAACUCUUAAGACUGGAACUCGUUGCUUGUGCACUCCACGAGUGUGUUAGGGAUUCUCAAGACAAAUCCGAAUUGUCAUCUUUUCACGACGCCCCUUCCAGAAUGAUUGUUUUUUCAUGGAUCGUUUCACCUUGUGGUUUUAUAACGUGUCCGCAUGGUGUAUCGUUACAUUCUGCAUUGAACUCUAUUCAUGCUUGCCAAUAAAUACUGUACACCCAC